AUGGCUUCCUUAUCUGAGGCGCGUGUCGCACGCCUCACCUCGCGCUGGCUGACGGAUGAGCUCAACAGCUUUGCACGGUUUGGUAAUUGGGAGGGCGCCCUGCAGACGUUUGAGCAAAUGCAGCAGUCCAGCCUGGUGCGCCGGAAUGUGUUUCACUACACCACAGUACUGACGGCGUGCACUCGUGCGGGACAGAUGGACGCUGCCAUGACGGUCUUUCGCCAGAUGAAGGUGAAUCAGGUGACGCCAAAUGUGUACACGUACACCACCCUAAUUAACGGCUGUGCAAAUGCCAAGAACCUCGACUUGGCGCUGCGUAUCUUCGCUGAAAUGCGUCUGCUUGAGGUUCCACCGAAUGUAAAGACGAUGACUGCGCUCAUCUCUGUCUGCUCACGAUGCGGGCAGUGGAAGAAGGGUUUCCAGGUGCUGGAUCAAUGUGAGGAGCUCUUUAUUGCACCGAAUGCGCUCACAUACACCGCAGCCAUGGACGGCUGCCGUCGGGCCUGCGUUUGCACGCCGGCGGUAGCACUGCUGGAAAGACGGAUGACGGAUCCCAGCCAGGUACGACCGAAUGAAGUGACGUACAACACUGUUCUUGGUGCCUGUGCAGCUGCCAAGGACCACAUGGCGGCAUUGCGCGUGUACGCGCGUAUGGUGGCUGAUGGCUAUGAGCCGAUAGAGUACACGCGUGAGUUACUCACUGAGGUCCUUCGAGGCACAUCCCUUGAUGGCCUUGCUCUCAACAUGACGGUGCGUGUGAGGGCGUCUAAGUGGGAGGUAUACGUGCCGGACUCGGACCCAGCCACGGCAUUGCGAGCCGCUCAGGAAGAAGGUUGA